AUGGAAGAUCACACGGCGAAUCUAGCCACCUUUCUCUCAGAUCUCAAGUAUGAUCAACUCCCAUCCGAGGUCGUACUUGCCGCUAAGAAGUCCAUCCUGAAUGCUCUCGCCUGCGGCCUCGGCUAUGCGCUUCACGCGCCAGCUGCCAAAGUCUUCCGGUACGUCCAAAACACGCAGACCGAAAGAGAAGCUGCAACGAUCCUUGGCCGCAGGAAUCGCACGAGUGCAGAGUACGCCGCACUCAUCAAUGGCGUCGCGAUAACGACAGCAGACUUCGACGACACGCACCUGAGGACUGUAAAUCAUCCCUCCGGGACUGCGUUAGCGGCAUUACUUGCGUUGGCAGAGCAGCAACCUAUGACUGGAAAGGACUUUCUGCUAGCAUUCGUUGUUGGCGUAGAAGCUCAGAUUGCGGUGGGUAUGGCAGUUAGUCCUGGUCACUAUAAGUCUGGAUGGCACAUCACCGGCACAACUGGCACUUUUGGCGCCACUGCUGGUGUCGCGAAGGGGAUGAAGCUCGACAGCAAGCGAUUUGCAGCAGCACUGGGUCAUGCAAGCUCGAUGGCUGCAGGGACGAGAGCGAUGUUUGGAACAGACACCAAGACCUUGCAUAUGGGAAGAGGCGCGCAAAACGGCUUGACGGCCGCAGGACUGGCAUCGCAUGGGGUUGAGAGCUGUGAGGGCAGUAUCGAGGCAUGGGCGAGGCUUGUCUCUGACACUGUCAAAGAGGACGAGAUCGAUACGUUGGCACGCAGCAAGACAAAAGACUGGCAGAUCUUGCAGAACACGUUCAAGCCGUAUCCAUGUGGCAUUGUGGUGCAUCCGCUGAUCGAUGCCGGGAUCCAGGUUAAGUCAUGGCUCAGUGAUGCGAACGCAACGGCGAAGAGCGUCGAGAGGAUCGAGGCCACAGUCAGUCCGCAAUGCACGCGCCUGUGCAACGUCCGCCAUCCAAGGACGGGCCUAGAGACUAUCUUCAGCUUGUACCAUGGGAUUGCGAGCGGUAUGCUGUACGGCGAAGCAGGCCCAAAACAGUUCUCUGAUGACGGCUGCAGAGACGACAGUGCGAGGACUUUGAGAGAAAAGAUCGCCGUCCAGACCGAUGAGGGCAUUGCAGAUGAUGCUGCGGUCAUCAAGGUGAUAUUGGAUGGCAGAGACGAGGAAGUGUUUCGAGUAGAGCAUGCCACAGGCUCGCUGGCGAGACCAAUGACGGAGCAGCAGAUCGAAGCGAAGUUUCGGGGUCUCGCAAGUGCCGUGCUGGACGAGAACAAGGUGCAAAAGGUGAUCACGGCUUGUUGGCAGAUGGAUACCGUCGAGGACAUGGCUGCGUUCGUGAAAGUGCUGGGAGUGGACUGA